AUGGCUGAGGAUGGCACCGCCAUGACCGCAAAGGAUUAUGGACUGGAGGAAGCCCAACCCACCGACCAGAGUUUGCCAGGGCUGAAGCCUGAUGAUACACAGUAUUUUGGAAAGCUUCUCAACGAAGUCGACGGAGAAGAGCUGUCGCCUACCGAGGCAAAGGAACGUCGUAUCAUGAAACUUCUGCUGAAGAUCAAGAAUGGCACUCCCCCGAUGCGCAAGAGUGCACUCCGACACAUCACCGACAAAGCACGCGAGUUCGGUGCGGGCCCCUUAUUCAAUCAGAUUCUGCCGUUGCUGAUGUCGCCUUCCUUGGAAGAUCAAGAGCGACAUUUGCUGGUCAAAGUCAUCGAUCGUAUCCUUUACAAGCUUGACGAUCUCGUGCGGCCCUAUGUACAUAAGAUUCUGGUGGUGAUUGAACCACUGCUGAUUGAUGAGGACUACUACGCCCGUGUCGAGGGUCGAGAGAUUAUCUCAAAUUUGGCGAAAGCUGCGGGUUUGGCCACAAUGAUUUCCACUAUGCGCCCUGAUAUUGAUAAUCCCGAUGAAUACGUGCGAAACACCACGGCCCGAGCCUUUGCCGUAGUGGCCUCGGCACUGGGCAUCCCCACACUGUUGCCUUUCCUCAAAGCGGUGUGCAAGAGUAAGAAGAGUUGGCAGGCGAGACACACAGGUAUCAAGAUCUGUCAGCAGAUUGCCAUCCUGAUGGGUUGUGCGGUGCUGCCUCAUCUGAAGAGUCUGGUGGAGAUUAUAGAGAUGGGUCUAGUAGACGAGCAGCAGAAGUGUCGUACCAUCUGUGCGUUAGCCCUUGCGGCGCUGGCAGAGGCCGCAACACCAUAUGGUAUAGAAUCGUUUGAUUCUGUGCUGCUGCCACUGUGGAGGGGUAUCCGACAACAUCACGGAAAAGGUUUGGCUGCGUUUUUGAAGGCUAUCGGAUACAUCAUUCCGCUGAUGAGUGAGGACCACGCCAACUACUACACACGAGAAGUGAUGAUUGUAUUGAUUCGGGAGUUCCAAUCGCCCGAUCCGGAAAUGAAGAAGAUUGUGUUGAAGGUGGUCAAGCAAUGUUGUGCCACAGAUGGUGUGGAAGCUCAGUAUAUCCGUGAGGAGAUUCUGCCGCCUUUCUUUGAGCAGUUCUGGGUGAGACGUACUGCGCCCGACAGACGGAUCGCACGUCAAUUGGUGGACACAACUGUGGAGUUGGCAAAUAAGGUGGGAGUCUCAGAGAUCAUUGGCCGAAUCGUCAAUGAUCUGAAGGAUGAAUCGGAACCCUACCGUAAGAUGGUGAUGGAGUGUGUGGAGAAAGUCCUGGGCAAUCUCGGUGCCGCUGAUGUGGACCAGAGGUUAGAGGAGCUGUUGAUCGAUGGCAUCCUGUUCGCUUUCCAGGAACAAACCACUGAGGACAGUGUCAUGCUGAACGGUUUCGGUACCAUUGUGAACGUACUAGGUAUCCGCACAAAGCCCUACCUGCCGCAGAUAGUGGGAGUGUUGCUAUGGCGACUCAACAAUCGCAGCGCAAAGGUGCGCCAGCAGAGUGCCGAUCUCAUGUCGCGCAUUGCGGUGGUGAUGAAAACCUGUAAUGAAGACAAGCUCAUGUCCCAGCUUGGUUUGGUGUUGUAUGAGUACCUUGGUGAAGAGUACCCGGAGGUGCUGGGUUCAAUUCUGGGCGCCUUGAAGGCGGUUGUCAAUGUGAUCGGCAUGUCCAAAAUGACUCCCCCGAUCCGAGAUCUGUUACCACGACUUACCCCAAUUCUGAAAAAUAGGCACGAGAAGGUGCAGGAGAACUGCAUCGAUUUGGUGGGACGUAUAGCCGACAGGGGUGCCGAGUACGUAGGUGCGCGAGAAUGGAUGCGCAUUUGCUUUGAGUUGUUGGAAUUACUGAAGGCGCACAAGAAGAGUAUCAGAAGGGCGGCCGUCAACACAUUUGGUUACAUUGCAAAGGCGAUCGGUCCACAGGAUGUGCUCAUUACUCUUCUAAACAAUUUGAAGGUACAAGAGCGACAAAACCGUGUGUGCACGACGGUUGCGAUAGCUAUCGUGGCCGAGACCUGCUCGCCAUUCACGGUCAUCCCUCAUCUGAUGAACGAGUACCGUGUGCCCGAGCUCAAUGUGCAGAACGGGGUGCUGAAGAGUCUGAGUUUUGUGUUUGAAUACAUCGGCGAGAUGGGCAAGGAUUACAUCUACGCAGUGACGCCGUUACUGGAGGAUGCGCUCAUGGACCGUGACUUGGUCCAUCGACAAACAGCAUGCACAGUAGUCAAACACAUGUCAUUGGGUGUGAUUGGCUUCGGCUGUGAAGACGCCAUGACUCAUCUGCUCAACUUCGUGUGGCCGAACAUCUUUGAAACAUCACCGCACGUCAUCAACGCCACAAUGGACGCUGUGCUGGGUCUAACCUUCUGUUUGGGACCCGCUCGAGUGUUACAGUACACGUUGCAGGGUCUAUUCCAUCCGGCGAGAAAAGUACGGGAUGUAUAUUGGAAGAUAUACAACAACAUAUAUAUAGGGAUGCAAGACGGACUCAUACCAGCGUAUCCUCGCAUCGGCGAUGACGACAGAAAUAAUUACGAGAGACCGGAACUGGAUUACAUCAUCUAAAUAUGAUUACAUUUAUUUAUUGCUUUAGCUGAUAUGCACCUUAGGCGAUAAAUAUUACAAUUAAAAAAUUACUGAUGGGCUUC